UUCUCCGAACUUUCAUCGUCCGACCCCCUACCCAACCCCGGUCCUCUCCUACGCAUUGACCAAAAUACUUAUCAACCUUCUGAUCAUGACCAACGGUUAGGUCAGACAGUGGCACAUACUAUCGAGCCAAAAAUAUAUAAUCCACUCAAUAUUUUGGGGUUUAAGUGGUGGCCCGUUCCCGUACUUCCAUGAUGCCCUCACUGACCUCAGUGGUUGCCUUUCUUUUCUACCUCACGCAGACUUCCCUCGGCUACGACUAUGUUUUUAUCGGAGGAGGGACUGGAGGUUUGACAGCUGCUAGUCGUCUGGCUGAGAACAGAAACGUGAACGUUCUUGUUCUCGAGGCGGGUCCAUAUGCAGAAGAUCUCCCAGAGGUAAUGGCGCUCCCCUGUCAAGAAUUUAUUGUCUCUAGUGUUUUUGCGUGUUUUCUUUUGUGAUAGGUUUUCAUUCCCGGGCUAUUCGGAAAGGGUCGGGCAUUCACUGACCUAGAUUGGAAAUACAACACUACUGCCCAGGGCCAAAUGAACAAUCGGACGCUUAUCGUUAGAGCAGGAAGAGCUCUCGGAGGGAGCUCAACCAUUAACGGAAUGAUUUUUCCUCGCGCCCCGGAGGAACAAUACGACGUGUGGGGAACCCUCAAUAACGAUUCCUCUUGGACAUGGAACGCUCUUCUCCCGUUUUUCAAAAAAUCAGAAAUAUUCACACCUCCAAAUGAGUUUCAAGCGUCAAACGGCGCACAAUAUCUUCCCGAAUUCCAUGGCUUGGAUCCUAGAGUGGGAAGAGUCAAAGUGGGCUUCCCAAACUUUUUCUUUCCGCAAUCAGAAUUAUGGGAGAAGACUGCGCUGCAUUUGGGUUUUCGUGCGUCACCGGACUUGACAAAUGGAGAGCCAGACGCUGUAGGAGUUUCUCCGAACUCAAUAGACGCUGCGAAUAAUACAAGAUGUUCGGCGGCCUGUGCAUAUUACACCCCGUUAAAGGACAAGCCCAACUUCACAGUGAUUACGAAUGCGACUGUUUCACGUAUUAUCUGGUCGUCCGCUGGGAAUGGGUCAUCGGGCUUGAUAGCUUCGGGCGUCGAGUACUUCCUUCAAAAUCAGACAGAGCCGAUAGUCGUCAACAUCGGACCUCAAAGUGAAGUUAUCCUUUCGGCAGGAACUAUCGGGAGUCCGAAGGUUCUUGAGCUCUCGGGUGUGGGUAAUUCUACGAUACUCAAGGCGGCGGGAGUGGAGCCCGUAUUAGAUCACGCUACAGUCGGAGAGAAUCUUGCAGACCACCUGCAUAGCUGGGUCACUGCGUUCACCAAUGCUAGCGUUACUGGUGAUCCCAUCCUUCAAGACCCUAUUUUUGCACAACAACAGUUGGACCUUUGGUUCAAGAAUCGAACAGGUUUUUAUUCUGGGGCUUCCGGAAAAACACUCGCAAUUGUCCCGCCAUCUCUCAUCUUCACGGAUUCUGAGUUAAAGAGGCUGCUGAACGAAACAAGCGCGGAUCUACUCCGCUUCGCUAGAGAAUUCUCGAAUGGAAACAAAAACCUUGCUAAAGGUAUCGAAGCUCAACAUAAACUCGCGCUGAAGCUCUACGAAGCAGAUAAAGCAGGACCGUUAGAAAUGAAUCUAUCCCCAUUCUACAACGGCCCGAAGCCUCUUGAUCAACGUCCCCGAAGCAACUUCACCUCAAUCGCCGUUGUCUUAUACGCUCCUCUUUCCCGAGGUCGAUCUCACAUUAAUUCCCCAAACCCAUUUACUCCCCCUCUCGUAGACCCAGCCUAUUGGUCCCAUCCACUAGACGUCGCUGCUCAUGUUGCCGGAAUCAAACUCGCACGCAAAAUGAUGCAAAGUCCCCCGCUCAGUUCGAUCUACGGAGGCGAAUUUGAACCCGGGAGUAAUAACAGUACGGGUGACGAAGAUACGUUUAUCAAAGACUUUUUGAAAGGCGUGGCGGGUGGUGAUAAUCACCCCGUUGGAACCAUGGCAAUGUUACCGAGAGAUUUGGGGGGCGUUGUCGAUACGGAUUUAAAGGUUUAUGGGAUUCGGAAUGUCAGAGUCGUUGAUGCUUCUAUCAUCCCGUUCCCUGUUAGUGCGCAUAUCUCCUCCACGGUGUACAUGAUUGGGGAAAGGGCUGCCGACAUCAUCAAACACGACCUUCAACGCUCCAGGAACGAGCAAUCGAUUGCUCUUGACUCUCCUUUGAAGCUUUGAUUUACACACGUAACUCUAUUUCGUACCCUGUACUCGUCAAUCUUAAGUCUCAAAAUUACUAACUCAAUGACAAAGAGACUAGGUUCAAGGCCG